UGCAGCCAACAGCAGCAGGCAUGGGCAUCGAGACGUACGCAGGCCGCGUCGCACUGGUGACUGGCGCCAGCUCCGGCAUCGGCGCCGCCAUCACACAGGCGCUGCUCAGACACGGACUCACCGUCGUCGGCCUGGCCAGGAGGGUCGACAGGGUCAAGGCAUUAGCACUGAAGGACGCUCCUGGUAAACUGCACGCGAUUAAGGGCGACGUAGCAGACGAGAGCAGCAUCGUGGCAGCAUUCAAGUGGAUCAAAGAAAACCUUUCUGGUGUCGACAUUUUGAUUAACAACGCUGGCUUGGGCAUUGACAGCGAUCUGACGUCUGGCAAGACGGAAGACUGGAAGCGCAUCCUGGACGUGAACGUGCUGGGUCUGAGCAUCUGCACCAGGGAGGCCGUGCAGGACAUGCUGAGCCGGGGCGUCGACGACGGCUUCAUCAUCCACAUCAGCAGCUUACUGGGCCACGUGCAGCCAUCGAACAGCGCCAUAGCGAUGUACACGGCGAGCAAGCACGCCGUCAAGACGCUUCUCGAAGGACUGCGGAAGGACCUGGUCGCCAAGAAGAGCAAGAUCCGUGUUGGGGAAGUUUCUCCGGGAGCUGUGAAGACAGAGUUCAUCUCGAACUUCAAAGGAGUGCCUCCGAACAUAUACGACAUGAUACCCUGCCUGGAGUCUGAGGACGUGGCUGAAGCCGUUCUCUACAUGCUGUCGCAGCACCCUCGAGUCCAAGUUCAUGACGUCCUUAUCUACCCUACUGGCAGUCCCCAGUGAUGCCGCUGUGUAUCGUGUCAACAAAUCAGCUGUUAUUUUU